AGUUACAAAAUUUUAUUUUCAGAUCCGACUUGAUGGUGAGCAGAAUAAAGUUGAAGAAAGUUAUCAAGAAAGUUGGCAAAUGAAAGUUGAACUUGAAGAAGGAAAUAAACAUUUGAAGAAGAAUCUUAUGGAGUUAAAGGAGAAGAAAGCUCGGACAACACGAGAUUUGAAUCGACUUCAAUCGGCUGCAGACAACGGCCAACUCGAUGUUCUUCAAAAUCAACUACAGCAAGCGGAAGACCAACUGAAGAAAGUUGAAAGGUCGAACCAAGUAGAAGAAAUGAAAGGAACAAUAAUUGUUAAGAAUAAAGAGAUGAUUGUUCUACAACAACAAGUUAAACAACUUGAUGCAGAUAUUUAUUCAAUGCAAAAAUCCUCAGAAAUCAGAACAAAAUUGGAAAUGAUGAAAAAGCAGAAGAAAUCAAAAGAAGAUCUUAUCGACCAACUGAAGAGAAAGUGUCAACGUCAUCUUGAAGAGCUUGGGCUUGCAUCUCAUUCUUCUUUCCCUGAUAAAAUGAAAAUGAUGCGAUGGAUCAGGAGUAAGGAGGAGGAAGUGAGAUCUUCUCGAGAUCAUUUUGAUAGGAAGAGAUCAGAGUUUACUGAGUUUUCCACCAAAAAGAAGAUGGUUUCAAAUCAGAUUAAGGAAAAAAAGAAAAGAGAAGAAAAAUUAAACGAAACUUUAUAUGAUGUUUGUGGAAGUGAUGAUUUGGAACAAGAUUUAACGCAACUUGAUAAAGAAAUCAAAGAAUUACAAGGAAGCAAAGGUCUUGCCGAUGGUAUCCAAUACAUGUAUCGUGAAUUUAUAAAGAAACUAACAAAUGAAACUGAUAAGUCAGAAGCAGCUUGUCCAAUUUGCAUGCGAUGUUUUGAGGAAACUUCGGAAGUUGACGAAUUAGUUGAAGAUCUUCAAACAAAACUAAACAUGGCUCCUGAAAAAUUAGCAAGCCAGAAAAGACAACUCACAAGCAAGCAAGCAAGAUAUAAAGUUCUGCUUGACAAUAAACCAAUCAAGAUGGAGUUGGAUCGAUUGCAAACUUCAGAUCUCCCGGAUUUGGAACGAACUUUCACGAGUGUGUCAUCCAAGAUUAGCGAUGCAGAGAAAGAUUUGGAGGAAGCGGAAGAAAGAUGGCAGAAGAUCAAAGAAGAAGAAUCAACAGCAAAACGUUUGUUGCCCGAUGUAUCACAGAUUCAUUCAUUGCAAAGUGACCUUGAAGAAAUCGAGGAAAAGAUUGGAAUGCAUGAAACGCAACUUCCACUUAACUCUUCAACCAAGACACUCGAUCAGAUGAAUAUGGACAAAGGGAAUUUAUCUCAAGCUAUAAGCAAAUUAAACCAAGAAAUAGAUGACCUGCGUCACAUGAUUGAAACAAAAACUAAUUUUCUUCAUCAAAUGAAAGAAAAAGUGAACAAUAUUCAGGCUGAGAAAUUAAAGCUUGCAGCAGAUCUACAGAAAUGUGAGCAACUGCAGGAGUUACAACGGACCACAGAAAGUGAAAUACAAAACAUCAGAAGUAAAAUAGAACUGAAUGAAAGAAGCAUUGCUCCAUUAGUAAGAGAAGUGGAAAAUUUGGAGAGCAAGAAAAAAAAAGUUGCAAUCUCUAAUAAUGAUAAAAUUACCAAAGCAAGAGAUGUUUUACAAACUUUGCAAAACAAACUUAAAGAAUUGGAAAGAGUAAAUAAGAAUAUUGACAAUUUCAACAAAUCAUCAGUACCUACAAAGUUACAGAGAACAAGUAAAGAAAUAGAAGAACUUGAAAGUAAGAUAGUUGAUUUUGAAAAUAAAAUGAAGAAACUACGAACAGAUAUUGCUCGCUUACAGAAGGAAAUUGCUACAUGCACGGAUCGUCAACGAGACCUUGAGGAUAAUUCUGCUCUUCGUGAGCGGAAUCGUGAGAUUGAAGAUGUGAGGAAGAAGUUGUUGGAGAUGGAGGAAAAGUUGGGAGGAAUGAACGCAGCUAAGUUGGAUAGUGAGGUUCGGCAGCUCACCAAGGAGCAUUCCGACCUAACUAAAGAGAAAGAGCGUUGCAAAGUAAGACAGGAAUCGCUUGGUGAGAAUGUGAGAUCUCUACAACAGGAACUCAGCAGGGAAAACUUCAAAUUUGCCGACAAAAGGUACAAGGAUUGCCUUGUUAGUGCUACUACACUCGAGUUAGCAAUUGGGGACUUGGACAAAUAUUACAAAGCAUUGGAUCGAGCUGUUAUGAAAUAUCAUCAAAUUAAAAUGGAUGAAAUUAAUAAAAUUAUCCGAGAGUUGUGGCAAGAGACAUACAAGGGAAGAGAUAUCGAGUACAUACAGAUUUGCAGCAGUGAGGACACAGGUGGAAGCACAGCUGCUCGCAGAACAUUUAAUUACAGAGUUGUCAUGUAUUGUUAUAGUGGUACUCCUAUGGAUAUGAGAGGCAGGUGUAGCGCUGGACAAAAGGUUUUAGCUUCAUUGGUGAUUCGAUUGGCAUUGGCCGAAACUUUUUGUAUCAAUUGUGGAAUUCUUGCUUUAGAUGAACCAACCACUAAUUUAGAUCGACCGAAUGUUUUGAGCCUGGCUGAAGCACUGCUCAGCAUCAUCCAAUCUCGAUCUCAGCAACGCAAUUUCCAGUUGGUCGUGAUCACUCACGAUGAGGAGUUUGUUGAGAUCAUCAGUCGAUCAAAUCACGUGGAUCAUUUCUUCCGCGUGGAGAAAGAUGAUUACGGGAGAUCUCGUAUAACUAAAUGUCCCAUUCGAUCCCUUAACACAUAAAAUGUGAAUGAUUUAAUUUGUGCCACUGAAUAAUUCAUUUGUUUUUCUUGUUAAACGUUUUUAGCCAUGCUAAUAUUUAACUGCCAAGUUCACUGCCUUCAAAUUAUGCAAUGCUGUUUCCUAUCUUUUCAUUAAAAAUAAUUUCAUUCUAAAAAAUA